CGAGAACCCUACGAGAUAAAGUGCUAGCAGACCGCCGCGCGAGAGCGAACGAGUCAGUUGUAUUGGGCAUGUGAAUGUAUUUGAUAUAACAGCUGGAAUUUUAUAAAGGAUAUAUUAGAAUUUGUUACUGGUUGGUAUGCGGGCAUGUACAAUCUAACAAUCGAGAACCGUCUGUCCAAGAGGGUAUUUGACUAUACACAAUCUCGUUUUUACUUCAACGACACAAUUUUUGGAAUAAACCAAACAGUUUUGAUUGAAGAUUUCAACCAGAAUUUAACAUGGACUAUUGAUCCUGUUGCACAAACGUGUCAGAGAACAUAUUUGCCAUGGGGAAAGAAACAACCGACGAGGUGUAUUCCAGGUAAUGCACAAUAUCGCGACCAAAUCAAUAAUCCCGGCGAUGUGCUAGUUAGUAGGUGGCGUUUUGACCGGCAGACUUCAACGUUAAAUGGAACGGUGUCACGUGGAUAUACCAUUAACGAGUGUCUACCAACUAGAGGAGCAUUUGUUGGCACAGAAGACAUUGACGGAGCCCCCGUUGAAACAUUGUCUCUUGAAAAUUUUAACAACUUCGAGGUGUUAACUGAUGUUUCCACUUACUUUAAUCUGCCUUCUUACUGUUAAAAUCAGCAUUGCAUUCGCCGAUAGAGUGGAAGGCGACUAAAGCUGUAAAAUGGAGAGGCUUAUAAAACCACAGAAGAAAAAAUGAUGAGACAAAUUGUCAACCUUAAGACAGUCUAAACUAGUUAUUUAAGUUACUUAUCUGCCUUACUUAUUUUGAAUUUUCAAAUUGACUUUAAUUAGCGAGGACAACGAUCAACAAAAAUAUUCUACAAUAUUAUCUUUUUUUGCACGUUGCACUGUAGUCUGCAUUUUGGAAAUGAUAAAAAAUUCAAUAACAUGCAUACUUUUUACCAAAAUAUGUUAUUUAAAAUUAUCAAGCUUUCAUUUGAAAUUAGAAUUAAAUAGAAAUUUAGUCAUAAUCAGUGGUGGUGUAAGGAAAACUCGUCACAUUAUUGGGAAGUAAAACAUAUACGGUAAUAGUAAAAUUUGAAGUAAGGUUCCGAAGAAAAAUGUGUGAUAUGUUGUAGAACUGAUUUUUCUUAGAUAGAAAAAACGGUAAAUGACAUACAGAUCGUUGAAUAUUGAAAAACUGGGUAAAAGGGGCGUAACCAUUAUCGACACAUUUUGUAUCAGAUUGUAAUUAUUCAAAAAUCUCUAUCUCAUAAAUUUUACCGUUCUUCGGUUUAUUUUUUUUUCUGUCUCAGAAAAAUCGGUUCAAUAACAUAUCAAACAUUUUGUUUUCCUCCGGAGUCUGAUUUUUUAAGUUUUUGAAUGAACUGAUUGACUGAUUAAAUGAUUGAUUUAUUGAUAGAUUAAUUGACUGAUUGAUUGGUAUUCCAAUGAAUCAGUGAUGGUUUGGUUAGUUGUGUGUUGGACGAUCAUUUAGUUUGAUCUCGAUAGAUAGAGUUAUAUAGGUUGCUGUCCAAAUUAUACUAAAUAAAUUUAAUUUAAAGUUGUCGUUAAUAAAUUAGUAAUUCGUGGAUUUAAAGCUAUUGUUUUUGUAUUUUUACCAUCGUAAUAUUACUUUAACUGAAGGUAUUUGGUUUUUAAAAAAAAAAAUAAAAGGUUAUUUUUAUGGAAAUCAAGUUUACAUCAAAAAUCGAAAUCCACUGAGGUUAAAUACAACCAUAAAAUUAUAAUGCGCUUUUGUAUACCUGAUCUUUAAUUUUGGGCCGUCUUCUAUAAUAAUGUGAAUAAAUGACAAUUAUUCAAGUGUGU